UGUAAAAUAUUAUAUUGGAUUGGACACUAACUAACCUACAAAUUCGUUACUACAAAUUAUCCUGAUCAUACCUAACCUUAAUUUUCAACCUGUCAACUUCUUUUCAUAUCUGAGACCCUUUGUUUUCUUUUCUUCCUCUUCCUCUUCCUCGUCUCUUUGUUGCUCUCUUUGAGGGCGAUUCUUAGUGCACAGGGAGGCCGGAAUAUCGGGGUUUCAAAUCGCGAAUUAAUUUUAAUUGCUCCACGAAAACUAUGGUGAAAUCAAUACGAUAGACGGCAUUUCUGUCCCAUUUUUUUUUUUUUACAGCACGAGGAGUUUCGUGCACUGAGAAUGCUUUUAUCUUUAUUUUGUUUUUGUUUUUGUUUUUUUUCCAUGUUCGUAAGGAUAUAAGAUGUCUACUUAUAGCGGUAAAACAAUUUAUGUCAAACAUGGGGACAGAAUCACUGCACAUCCCACAGUUUGCUUCUCAUAUCAACAAGAAAAGCAAUUUCAUAGCAUCUUUUAUUAUGAGGAAAAUAAUCCUUUCAAAUUCAUAUCCCCAGUUCUCAUGUUUCAAAUCAUCAUGAUAUUCGUUAUGUCCAGGCUCGUGUACACUGCUCUUAGGCCUCUGAAACAACCGAAAUUUGUUUGUAAUGUCCUGGCAGGUAUAAUCUUAGGACCCUCCGUCAUGGGCAGGAACAAGGUGUAUAUGGAAACAUUUUUUGCACCUAAAGAAAUGCAAGUUUUCAAUACAUUGGUAGUUUUCGGCGUGGCAUAUUUUAUCUUCCUUACUGCUGUGAAAAUGGACACAAAUGCAUUGCUAUUGAAUGCAAAGAAUGCUUGGAGUAUUGCCCUAACAGCUUACAUAGUUCCUCUAGUGAUCGUCCAGUUGUACAGUCUUUUCACGGAGAAGUACCUGGUUAAUUGCUUUCAGGGCCCGAGUUCAUUCUUCAAAAUUGUUGGAAUGAAUAUAAGUUAUUUCCCUGCUAUUGCCAAUCUCUUGGAAGAGCAUAAUCUUUUAACUACCGAAUUGGGCCAACUUGCCCUGUCCACUGCCAUGCUAUCGGAAACGUUCAACAAUAUUCUAGUUACUCUUUUUGUUUCAACGCUGAUUAUUGUUUUCAUGAAAAGUUAUGUUGGUGCUGUUAGAAAUUUUUUCCUCAUGUUCUCAGUGAUUCUUUUCGCCAUCUGCAUUGUCAGACCGUUAAUUCUACAAAUUAUCAGGAGAAAACCAGAUGGGAAACCAAUACAAAGCAUUUUUGUUGUAGCAUCAGUAUUAUGUGCUUUCUGGGGGGCAGUAAUGGCUGAUAUAUUUAUGGGUGUAUUUAUUCCUGGUGUUGUACUCAUAGGUUUAGUCAUACCAGAUGGACCGCCAUUAGGGUCCAUACUAGUAGAGAAAUCGGAGCUAAUGGUUACAGAAUUUUUCUUGCCUUUGUUCUAUGUUCAAGUUGGGUUUCAAACAGAUGUAUCAUCAAUCAAGGAUAUACAGGCAGUUGGUGUAUUUCUUGUUAAACUUAUUUUAUUGACUGCGACGAAGAUAUUGGGAACUAUGCUUGCCUCAUCAUUCUUUGAUAUCAAACUUAAAAAUGCUUUUAUGCUGGGAGUCAUUCUGAACUUGAAAGGGGUACAGGAUUUAUACCUUUAUGGAAGAUGGUAUACGGAUAAGACGUUGAGCACUCAGUGUUAUACAACAGCAGUCUUAUUCAGCCUCUUUUUAACUGGUGUUUUUUGCCCUUUCAUUCAAAUUCUGUACAAGCCUCAGGCUAGACUAAUUAACUCUGCCUACGUCGAAGCUUUCGCGAUACAAACGAUGCAAUCAACACCAAAAGAAGUUGAAUUAAGAGCUCUUUCAUGCGUUUAUGAUGAAGAUAAUGUUAAAAGCAUGAUUACCUUGCUUAAUGCAUUCAAUCCUAAUAAAAGCAGUCCAAUGUGUGUUUAUGUUACUCACCUUGUUGAGCUUGUCGGUCGAGCAGUUCCAUUGCUAAUUCCUUACACGAAGAACAAGAAAAGAUUCAUGCCUCACAAUUCACACCACAUCAUACAUGCCUUCAGGAAUUUCGAGGCCAACUCCAAUGAUUCUGUCGCGAUCCAACCAUUUGUUGCAGUGGCGCCAAUCAAGAGCAUGCAUAACAUCAUCUGCAACCUUGCAAGGGACAAACAUAUUCCUUUGAUCAUUGUUCCAUUUAAUGACAGCCGACUAGGUAAACGAUUACAAGGUAAUAUUCGGAUUUUUAACUCUACCCUACAAGAAAUUGCAUAUUGCACUGUUGGGAUUUUAGUAGAUAGAGGAUUGCAUCAGACCAAGAGCACAGCCCACUACUUUAGUGUCGCGGUGCUGUUUGUUGGCGGUCCUGAUGAUCGCGAAGCAUUAGCAUUAGCAGACAGGAUGUCUGGCAAUCCUCAGAUGAGAAUCACCAUGUUCAGAAUAAUCUCAAAAGAUGAAGAAGAGGGUGGAGAAGAAGAUGACACAUGUGAAUUAGAGAAGGAACUAGAUGAAUUAUCCGUCCAAGAAUUCAGGCAGACUAGCAUCACCAACGCUUAUGUUUCUUGCUCUCAAAUGGUAGCAAACAAUGGACUGCAAAUGAUGGACGUGAUUAGGUCUUUGAGGAGAAAAUAUAAACUUGUCAUAGUAGGGAAAGUUCCAAGGAGAUCACAGUAUGAAAAGGAAAUGUUAGUAUGGAUUGAAUAUCCUGAAUUAGGUGUUCUUGGGGAUGCACUUGCUUCGCCAGACUUUGAUGAUUCUGACAUGUCUGUAUUAGUCGUCAAACAGAGCGAUGUGGAUCUUGAUGAAUCCAAACAUGGUUCCUUUCGCAUGAGUUCUCUAAGAUGUAAUAGCCAAGCACAUGGAUGAUUUCCAUAAGCGUACAUAUAUAAAUAUAUUAUGUAUAA